AUGAAACGUAUAGUCCGGGUGAGACAAGAGGGACGGAAAACGAAACUUCAUCUUGUUGAUAUUCGAAGUUUGGUGUCUUUGCAUUAUCUACCCGAUUACAAAAACCCCUGCUGGAAAGUUCCGAUCCAAUCUCCACCAAUCAGAUGUAUUCCGUACUUCUAUCUGAUUGGCUGCGCGAAGUGCGGUACCACGAAUCUUUGGGAAACAAUCGUAAAACAUCCACAAGUCGCUGAUACGGAAAAAGAGACUGGCCACUGGAUUAAUAGGAAGAGGUUCCAAGGAAAGCCGUUCCAUUGGUAUCUGGAAUUCUUCAAGACCGCGGUCACAAAGGUUAAAACAAAAGUCGACAGCACAGGAUUUCAUCCAUUGAUAAUCGGUGACGGGAAUCCAUCGUUGAUUGCCUUCAACGAUUACUGGAAGCUCGAUCCUGCAAAUGCCCGUCACCUGUCGGAGCCCACCUUUACCAACGCCAACGCCCUCUAUCGACUGAAUCCCCAAGCCAAAAUAAUCGCCAUCUUAAGAGAUCCCGUGAAAAGAUUAAUAUCGGAGUACAAUUACUUUAACUCAACCAAAUUUAAAAAGUCGUCAGAACAUUUUCACUCCUUGGUUCAGCAUGAAAUACAAGAAUUCAAAACUUGCAGUAUGAAGCAGACGCUACGUCACUGCGUGUACAUUAAACACAACGAAUCUAAAUUCGGCCGCGUAUGGCUGGGCUUAUAUGCAGUAUUUUUAGAGGACUAUUAUCGUGUAUUUCCACGAGAGCAAAUACUCGUGCUAUCACUGGAAACUUGUAGUCAAGACUUCGCCCUUUGCCUACAGAGGACGUACGACUUUCUAGAAGUUGCACCAAUUGACCUAGAAACUAUACGAGUAUGGUUAAACCAAUCGGAGAUAGCCAACCGGGGGCCUAGCAAAGUGACCAUGUUAGAUUCAACGAGACGAAUUGCAGAACAGUUUUAUGAGCCAUACAACGCCGACCUCCUCAAAUUGAUGGGACCUGAUUUCAAUUAUACCUACACAAAUGAGGUCUCAUGA